CAUUGCUCCACGCCCCCCGCUUCCAUCCACACAACAUCCACACACUCCUCCCCUAUCUUGUCCACGCUGUUGUGUAGCAAUGACGUCGAUCUUCAGUGCGGGCCAGUCUAUCUCAAGCAUCGGCAAGUCCAUGACUGCCAUCGCCCGUGUGGAGGAACACCUCGCCACCUUCAUGAAGAAGGUGAUUUACUUUGAAAAGUUCUUCCAGCGCAUGGGGCAGAAUCUGCCAACCUGCGUCAUGGACACAGCGAUGCUGUUGUUUCAGCGCUGCUACGAGUACCGAGACGAGAUUCGCGACGAGUUAGAAUCUACCGUGGCGUACGUGGCAGAUGCAGGCCGCUGGGUUGUAGGAAUGGGCGAUUGGAACAGCAAGAUGGAGAAGCGGUUGAACCAGAUCAGCGAGCUCGUACUACUGGCCAACACGCUGCUGACGGAGUAUGCUGUGACGGGCCAAGUGGGCGCUGAAGGUUGUCGAGAAGAUCUGGACGCCUAUCUGCAGAUUUUAUCAGCCACUGUCACGUUGAAGAAUGCGCCUGUGGAUGGAAAAAUUACCGGUACUGCAGGAUCGGAUGGUCGGCCUCCAGUAGCUCGAGCUCAGUCAACGACCGCCGCCGAAUUCAGCUCGGAGAUGUCGGCUCUUGGGACGGAGAUUACAGGGGCGUUCUCUGAGAUGUUUGGGAGCCAGGAAUUCGGCAGAUCCGCGUCAUCAGGAACCAUCGGGCAGACAUCCAGAGCCCAAUCUUCUGAGCCAGAUAAUGACGCCAUGAACCCAUUUACAGAUUCAUAUCGACGUCCAGUUGACCCGUACGCCAAAGGGGUAAGCAGUGCUGGUGCUUCAGUGAGUAGCAGUGUACAGAGUCUGCCGAAUGGACCAUUUGGAGGUGCAGUGCCUGAGUACCCACUCUCGGAUGGAGACACCCCGGAAGGUCCAUUGAGUCCUGUGAGUAUGGGCGAGUACGAGUGCUUGGAGAUCGACUCGAUUCCGAAGUACGCCGCCUUUAAAUCAUCUGCUCAGCUCGCUCGACGCCACGAGUCCAGUACAGAGUACAACGACUUGUUUCCGUUACCGGUCUCGAAAACCGAUCAUGGACAUGAAUUACUCGUACGACUUCCAGUGUGA